AUGUCAGUAAUCUACUACAAGUUUAAAGCAGCUAAGGAUUCCGAUUACGAUGUCUUCACCUUUGAUGGACCGGGUGCCUCUGUUUUUGACGUGAAGCGAGAGAUCAUACGAGCCAAAAAGUUAGGCAAGGGUACCGAUUUCGAUCUUGCUAUUUACAAUGCACAAACGGACGAGGAAUACAAGGAUGAUGUUUUCAUUAUUCCACGCAAUACAUCGAUCAUUGUGCGACGACUUCCUGCAUCACGACCUGGCAAGGGAACAGCUCAACGAUAUGUUUUAGGCGCAUUACCGGCUGAUGGAAAAGGAAUGGGGACAAGUGGGAUAGGAAUGAUGAAAGGAGGAGGUGGAGGAGGGCAUCAUCAUGGACCACCAGCACCUGGAUCAGCUGCCGAGCGAUUUAGCAACAGCAAUCGAAGCAAUAUGGUUUUGAAUGCACCUCAAUAUCGGAAUAGACCACAGCAACAACAACAAUCUCCAACGCCAUCACAAAUGGAUUCUCAAAAUAGCGAUACAUCAACAGCGCCAGCAGCAACGCCAGCAGAUGAUUCUGAAGAAGCACGUAUCCAAGCAAUGUUUCAGCAAACAACGGAUCAAUGGGGAGCUAUGCAGGAAAAGCUUGCUGAACAACAAUAUAUCCCUUAUACUCCACGUGGUGGUGAAUGGCGUCGAGGACGAGGUGGCUAUCAUCAUUCACAAAGAGAUGGCAAUGACGGAGGCGAUAACCAGCAACAGCAACCACAACGUGUACCCCCGCCAACAUACGUGUGUUAUAGAUGUGGACAAAAAGGCCAUUACAUCAAUCAAUGCCCCACUAAUGGUGACAAGGAGUUUGACAAACAUCCAAGGAUAAAGCGAACCACGGGUAUUCCUCGUAGCUUUUUGAAAGUAAUUGAAGAGCCCAAGAACGCUGUCAAAUCCGGCACUGGUGGUUUGAUGGUGACACCCAAAGGUGAUUUGGUUGUAGCUCAAGCUGAUUCAUCUACGUGGGACAAACAUGUUGCCAAAUCCAACCUAGGAACAUCCACAGCUGGUGAUUUAUUGGAUCUUUAUGGCUCUAUCCUGGUAGUUGAUCAUUUGCGUUGUCCAAUCUGUGAGGGACUUUUCCGAGAAGCGACCAUUACGCCGUGCUGUGGUGCUACGUUUUGUGAUGAAUGCAUCCGAGGUUAUAUGCUGGAAAAUGAUUUUUGCUGUCAAGAUUGCAAUGCCCAAAUCAAACUUGGCUUGGAUGGAUUAAUUCCCAACAUGGAUGUUCGAGAAUGUGUAGAUAAUUAUGUACGUGAAUGUGUUCGGCAGCAAUAG